AUGACUGCGAUGCCGGACUACACUCUCGAUUGGUAUCGCCACGAGCACCCUCGUACGACGUGUAGCAACAUGAGAGUGUCUGAUGGUGCUAUGAAGCACGAAGCCCCCCGCCUCUCGACACUGUCGCUUGGCUGUUCCGUGUGCUGGGGAAGUCGUUGAACGCCUCAGAUCUCGACAAGAUGCUUCGGCCUCUCUUGUUGGCCCCAUUGUUGGCAUGUGUUGGCUCGGCCCUCUCUUACAGCCGCGCAGAAUGCCAAUCGCUGACGCAUGAUCCUCUCCAAGGCUGCCCGAACGACACUCUCCUCGUCGGGCCUGACGCAACAUAUAAGAAUGUCCAGUCGGCAGUGCUGAGUCUCCCCGACAACACAGCGCCUUAUACGAUCUUGAUCCUUCCUGGGAACUAUACAGAGCAAGUCAACGUGUCGCGUUCGGGCCCUCUGACUCUCCUCGGCCAGACUUCGCAUCCGAACAAUGCAUCCUACAAUACUGUCAACAUCAUCUGGCACAACGCAACCGGGACUGCAACCACGGGGACUUACGAUAAUGCGUAUACCAGCACACUGUCCAUUGCACCAACUCUCAACUCCAGCUUGACGGGCUCCGGCCCAACAGGCAAUCCUGUACCAGCAGGAACGCCAUUUGGAAAUGAGAAUUUCAGAGCGUACAACCUCAACUUCAUCAACGACUACCUGCCAUAUGCCGCUGGUCCUAGUCUUGCGUUGAGCAUCAGUUACGCGAAUGCUGGCUUCUACUACUCCCAAUUCUUGAGCUACCAAGACACGGUACGUGCCAUGCUGUGUGCCUCAUCGCCCUCUCCCACACCACCAUCGAUGCCGACUCGAUUGACUUUGAUGUAGGUCUACGUGGGCAAGCUGGGCAAUGCAUGGAUGUACGGCUGCAUAAUUGGCGGACAGACGGACUUCUUCUGUGAGUGUGCCCUGGACACCCCAUUACAUUGCUGGCAGGAGAUGAUGCCGAAGGAUCGAUCUGACUGGCGUAGAUGGCUUUGGAACGCUCUGGGUCGAGCAAUCCCAAAUCCUCCUCCGCGGUUGCGGCGGCGGCAUCACGGCCUGGAAGGGAACGAAUACCACUUUCGUCAACCGGUACGUCUGUUCUCGUUCUUGCGUCGCAGCUAUCCACGACAAUGACAAUGGACUGCGCUGUGCCGUACGUGGGACCACAUCGAGCUUCCACCGCAUUCUGAACCUCUCUCCCUCCCUGCCCUCUACCGCACCAGAUCCCUCGAGACUGUCGAGAGGACGAUCAUCUUCGCCCUGAGGCCUGCUUGUUGGCGCGACACUGGGGACCGUCCUCCCUGUCCUGUCCAUCCCUGUUCCCAAGAGACUUCCUUGGCAGACCAAGACAACGAGUCUCGGAACUCUCAUUCGCAACACCACACCGACUGACUCUCAUCACGUAACAGCUACGGCAUCUACAUCCACAACUCCCACGUCCAAGCGGCCAACACCUCCCUCUCCCCCUUCAUCCACGACAAAUGCGCCCUCGGCCGCCCCUGGAACUCCCUGAUGACGGCCCUCUUCGCUAACACAUACCUGGACCCGUCCAUCCUGCCCGCCGGAUACAUCACCUGGAGCGCGUCCGACCCGCGCGUGGUUCCCAACACCACCCUCAUGGCCGAGUACCGGAACUACGGCCCCGGCGGGAAUCUCACGGCUAGGAAUUUGAACGUUACGAGUGAGUUGACGAGAGAGGAAUUCGAGGAAGGGUAUGAGAGGCCCGGGCUGGUUUUUCAGGACCCUUUUACGGGGUUGUUUGGGAAUACGGGUUGGAUUGAUGGGAGUCCUCUGGCGUAG